AUUUCUGUAAUUCUGUAAUUAAGACAAGUUCGGCUUCCGGUCACGUAGCCCCCAUUCUUGUACCGAUAAUGCGUAUAACCUGGGAGUUAGAUGAUGGUACUUAUUUGAGGAAAAAAGAGCCUGACCAGAGACAAACAGUAGCGGCCUCUUAAAACACGAUGACAGACACACGUGACAACAGUUGCAUUGUUCUCUGUUGACUAUGUCUUUGCUCUUCACGAUGAUUUGUUUCAUAUGAUUUAUUUCAUGUGUUUUGCAUUUUGGCUAUGAAUGUUAUGUCAUUUAAUGAUGAAGAAAUGUUAUGUUAUAGGUUAUGUUAUGUUAUGUUAAGCUAUGUUAUUUACAGCGUUGACUUACUAAAAAGAGUUAAAUGUUACCUAUUGUCAUUAGUUUCAGACGAAAGAGUUUAUAAAAUACAAGCUUUUUUUAUUCUAAGAUAAAAAAAUAUUAUGCUGUCUUUAAAUUUCAAAUUUUCAAUUUUUACUUGGACCAAUACCAGAAAAUUAUUCAGGCUAAAUGGAUUUAUAUUAACAGCCUGCAGUUUGUCUGUACAUGUACUUCCGAACACCGAACCAACAAGUCGUAUAUCGUAUAUAGACUUACUGGUCCAGAAUUUUACAACAAACUGAGCCCAAGCAAGGCUGCUCCAAGAUCGAUCUUGAAGUCACUCUUCUGAUAGAACGUACAUAAGUAUCAUUUUCAUUAUGGUAUGUAAAACCGAUUGGUCUAUCUUCAUGUGUCACCGCGGCCUUGAGCGAUCUCAUGGUCGUUCCGCCCGCAACAAAGGUUCUGGUCAAAGUAAUGAUCGCUUCCCUUUCGCAUUAAAAAAAAACUGGAUACUAUUACAUAAUUUUUAUGUAUGUUCUUUGAAAAUAAAAUAUUUUUAAACCAAAAAACCCAACAACACUCCGAGUCGUGCAGGGACGGUUGUAGGUCAAAACACCCCCAGGUUAUAACAUCUUAUAGUCAAAACGCCCUCACCCAAGUAAAAGCGUUCCCAAACAACAUUAAAAACUUCCCCACUUAUCACACACGGCUGUGUCAAGCAAUAAUGUCAAAAGUCGUGGGAAGACCUCUUAAACUCUAAAACAACAAGUACAGUCAAUUAGCCACAACUAUAUGCUUUUGAAGCUUUAAUAAUAAUAAUAAUAAUAAUAAUAAUAAUAAAAAUAAUAAUGAUGAUGAUGAUGAUGAUGAUGAUGAUGAUGUUGAUGUUGAUGAUGAUGAUGAUGAUGAUGAUGAUGAUGAUGAUAUUAAUAUUAAUAAUAAUAAUAAUAAUAAUAAUAAUAAUAAUAAUAAUAAUAAUAAUAAUAAUAAUGAUAAUAAAUCGAUUACGACUUUAAAGGCGGGCAACCCAAUAUUUUAUUUAUAUAUGAGUAUUAAUAUUUUAUUAACAACUUAUGUUAACUACAUUAUUUGAUUUUACCGAGUUAUAUUGAUAUAACUGUAUAUCGAAAUGAAAAUAAUACAAUAUUUAUUCGGAACUCAUCGGCCAUUUUUAUCGAAAACAAUUUCUUUAACGAUUUUUCGAUAAAAACGGCGUAGGAGUUCCGAAUGUACAAUAUUUUAACAUUUGGAACAGCGGCAGUACAGCAAAGAGUUAACCGGAGCCCGGGUUUUAGCACUAUCAAAUGUCAUAAAUUAGAACUGUAAAAAAACUUUCGCGUUUGUUGAAAAAAUUAAAAUCUUAAUUGCUAGCAUCUCGGCGUUUAUUUAAAAAAAUAUCGUACUGUCAGUACUGUUUAUAUUUUUUUUUCGAUUAUUAUCAGUAUAGAUCUUAUCCAAUCAUAACUGCUUAAAGAAUUCACUUCUUAGAUUUUUUUCCAGCUGACAGGAACUGGAUGAUUGACAGUUGGUGGGAAAACAGUAUUUGUAAACAAUCGUCAUGUGACAGAAUAACAACAAAAUAGACGAGGUAUCAGCCCUUGUGGUUGUAGAAAGAAGAUGAUUUAUCAAAGGCCUUAAGCAUCAUCAGUAUCAAACCCAACUAACAUCCAAUAUGGGGGCAGAGGAAAGCAAGCCAGGUUCCCCAUGUUUCGGAUUGAUGGGUCCAUCAUCGGUGGUGAGCAACAUGAACAGACAGGCUCAGAUGGCGCGGGCCUGGUCGCUGCUUCACCAAUGCUCCCUGGAACAGUGGAAACUUGGACAUGGAGAGGCUGCAGGGUUUGGUUUGACCGUGAUGUGCUGCAACAACGUCGUGUUCAAGGACUGUAGUCCUGCAUUUUGCACAAGCCAGCAAAACAUCAUCAACAUCCCAAAAUCACACCGCAUAUUUCGCUUCAGACGUAGGCAUAAGUUUACUAAGAUGGCAGAACAUUUUGAGUACAAGGUUGUUCCAGCACAGAUGUCUUGCAUUCAAAACUUUCAAGUCAAAAGUGUGCUUUGUGUUCAGCAAAAUACUGUUGUACUCCAUCUUAUUCGCAAUAUGACCACCCAGUUUGGGAUUGUGGAUUUGUCAUCUGACAAAUUUCUUGGAGUGUUUGGUGUGCAAAAUGUGGGUUUCAUUAAUGAAGAUCUAAGGGGAAAGAUUAGCCCAGACUGCUCUGUCUGCCUUAUUAAACUGCCUAGUCUACAAACAGGUGUUGUGAAUGGGUAUGAGUUUCAGCUGUAUGAUCUCAAAACCAAGAAUCUGCUUGGGGAAUACUCGCUGCCAUAUCUAGACACAGCGUUCGCCUUUGAUCCCAGAUUUAAUUGGACACACUUUGCAGCGACAAGCUUCCAAGUCGGAAGUGAUAACAGCCUGAGUAUUGUUCGAGUCAAAAGCUGGGAAGUUCUAGUCACAAAUCCAAGGCUGGAUGAUCAAAGACCUAGUCAAAACAAUGAACUAAAGGACAUCUUUUAUUCAAGAGAGGGCCACCUGAUAUUUGCAGUAACCAUCACGGAGGGCUGUCAUUGCAGGGAGCGGAAAUCAAGGAGGACCAAUCCAUGCGACAUCAGUAUAUUUGUGUUCAAUGCUGAUACAGCUGACACAAUCCACUGUAUCCGCUAUCAUCGCUUUACCUGUGGGCUUCACCUCUGCCCCGUCAACUACAUGCCCCUGUUCUCACACUGCGGGAGUCGCAUGGCCAUCAUCCUCAAUGAUAUGGAGGACACCCUGGACCAUGUACAGAUCUACAAACUGCCGAGUUCUAUGAGUCUGCAGUAUCGCUGCAGGGUGCGCAUUUUGCAGCAGUAUGGACCUGACAGACUGAGACAGCUGCCACUUCCAAAACGCCUUGUGCAAUUCUUGAAAUUCUUUCCAGAAUAUGAAUGAAGAUUGCAAUAACACAAAUGCUAAAGUAAAAACAGCUUGUUGAAAUGUAGAAAACAUUGCACAAUUAUGUUCUCUUUUAAUAUCAAUAAUUUAAAUUUUGACUCCAGAAAAGCUGGUUUCAAAUAAUGUUGCAGUAAUUUUGGUUUUCUAACUGAUGGUUAAGUUCAUAAAACUGAAUUUGUUAAAUUGAAGCUUAUUCAAAGCUAGUAAACAUAAGAUAGUUGUUUUUUCUGGACUAUGUUUGUGUUUUCUGCUUAUUCAUCAGUCAUUUACUGUACAGUAAUAGUAUAAAUUGUUUACUUGUAAAUGUACUCAAAGCUUAAACUGCAUAUACAGAUUAGAGUGAUAGUUACACUAUAUGUAAUUCAAGAGAAACAUUUCAAAGAAAAGUUUCAAAUUUAUACCUUCUAACAUUCUAGUUUAAAUGAAUAAAGUUUACAUAUGUUUGCAUUUAUUGAUCAAGUAUUAACAUUAUUGAGGCUUCAUAAAGAAGUGGAAGCCUUGCUAGAAAUCUUAUUGCUGGAAUAACUUCUUUUGAUCUAUAAGUGCUUAUUCAUUUUGAAAAAAUCUGAUAUUUUGUCUCAAAGUUUUCACACUGCUACAAGCGUGCAAGCCAUCAUCUUUGUGCUUUAAAUAAAAUGUAUUUCAAUGCUUCUGCAUUUUUUGCUUGCAUAUGUUGAUUGAUAGUUUUCUGAAUGUUUAUGUUGUGAAAAUCAUAAUGCACUAGUUGACAUGCUUCACUUGGAAUAUUACUCAUUUUGUAUCUCAUCAAGUCCAGUUUAUGCCAGACAGAAGUUAAGCUCAAGUUUAGCAAUGCAGCUGGUGUCUUUGGGAUUUUGUAUUGAAAUAUUCAGGUUAGAUAUUCACCGUGGAUUUGUUUCAUGUAAUUCUUGCUUGGCAAGUUUUCAUAAGUGGUACAUAAAUUGAAAUGAUAAUAUUGGCCCAAUCAUGUUAUAAAAUGCCUUCAACUCUCAUGAAACAGUUACAUCCUGAUAGAUUUUAAUCAUGAUUUAUGUGCACAAUGUGAACUCAAAAGGUUAAUCCUAGAAAUAAUGGCAAGUCCAUGUAUCAAAUUUAAUUUUCUUCCGUAAAUUGUGAGAAUACUAGAAUUUGUAUAUGUGAAUGUAAGUCUAUAGUUCAUGAUAACAGUACAAUGUUUAAUGAUAUUUACAUUUGAACCAUUGUGGUGAAGUUGUUGAUGUACAUAAACUCUUCUGUUUUAGUGCUCUCUCCUGUCAGAUUGUAAUUUCAAUUUUCAGUAACAGAAGUUAUACAUUACUGAUUAUAUAUGGAGAAACGGAGUGAUGAAAAUGCCAUUUUAUCAUACUUGUGUAUGAAUGAUAUAUAUAUAAAAAUGAAUGGAUAAAUGUUUUUUAGGUUCUUCUUUUAACUACAUUAUUUCUUAGAUUAAUUGAUCUCUUAGACUCUUCUACUUUCUGGAUUGUUUUACCAGUUAUUGUAAAUGUUUAUUUUUGCAAUAUUUACUUGUUAUGUUCUUGUUAGUUUUACCUUUAAUUUGUUACAGAUUUUACACGAACAUUCGAGAAACGUAUCUAGUCAUACUUGAUUCACAAUGCUCUUCUAAGCAUUUAUCAUUGAACCAUAUCCAUAAGGCUGUACUGUUAACUAUUAAGUGUGAACUUGUGAAGGCAAGCUUGAUUGAUGGUGAAACUGACAUUGUGUUUAUUUUAAGACAUGAAGUAUUUACAACAUGCAGCAUAUAGAUAAUGUUUGCUAAAUGCAGCAAGUAGAUUAUUUAUGCACACUGUGCUUGGCUUCCAACAUGUGAAUGUGUUGAUUACAUAUGUUUAAUAUGGCAUGUUAGUUAUAUGAUUGUAUGAUUUUGAUCAUUUUUAAUUUUACUUUUCUUUAUCAAAGUAAAUGCAAGAUACUGAGUUUAUUCUAAGCAGGAGUAAAUAAGACGUUUAUUUUGUGACUUCACUGUCUUUAAGAAAUUAUCAUACCAUGUUAUUGACAAUCUCUAAUGUUGUGUACAUGUAUAGAAUUUGAAUGUCAGAAUAGCUUCAUUUCAUAAUUAGUUUUGAAUGUAUGUUGAAUAAUCUAAAACUAAUUUUAACACAUCUAGAGUUUUAUAGCAAAUUUACACUGAUGUGAUUGUGCUUUUUUUUAAUCUUUACUCCUAUAUCUAAGGCAUGUUAGGUAGGGGUUGCCAAUUCGAGGAACUCUCUCAUGUUUUGUCAAAUAAUUUUCCUGGUGAUGUAUCAGAAAAAAACGAUUCAAGUAUAAAAAACAACCUGGUUUAAGUGGGGAGUGAAACUAAACCAGUACAGUCAAGAAAAAGGUAGAAAAAAACAAUAGCUUAACCACUAGAACACAAUGACUUAUACUAAGCUUUAAGGAAAUUUAAACCUUUAUUGAAAAUAUUGCUAGCAUCAUGUGAUAAUGUCAAUCAACCAACAAUUGUGGACUUUAAGGCAAUAUUUGAGCAUAUAUCAACUUCUGUUCAAGCGUUCCAUCCGUCAGUAUCUUAGUUUUAACACUCCUUAUGAUUUGCCACUCUUUAUUUUGUAUUUUACAAACAAUGAAUGAGUCUCUUUAAAUGAGGUGAAUUUCCCUUUUUCUUGGAACAAGGGUAUGAAAGUUGUGAAGAAGUAUGUUAGACUGGUGAUUUGUUGCUUUCCAUACAGUUAUAUCUACCUAAAAUCAUUAAGGUUUUGUACUAUCUACUAAUGGUGCUAUUAUACAAGAAAGUUUUGUGGCUGUGUUAAUAAAAUUGUUUCUUUAAGGUUAGUUAGUUGUUAAAUUGUUUUACAAUACUUUUGAAUAAUCCACAGUUCCAAAAUGGUUAUAUAUUAUUAAAUGUUUAUUAGAGUCAGUGUUACAGUGACUUUGAAUACAUGUAAUAUUGGGACAUUUCAUGUAUCAGACAUAGUGAUCUUUCUAUAGUAGCAUUUGCUGUGAUGUGUUUAAAUGUGUUCACUUUUAAAGAAUGCUUGUUGCAGAUUUGCUUAGCGUUCACUGUGUUAGUGCUAUAUACAUAAUACACACAUACCCACUAUACUAGAAUUGACCCCUCCCAUACAUUGUUGAAUGAUAGACUUACUAAGCUUGAUAAUGUUGUUUGGUACAGCUUUAGUGCCGUAUUCAUAUUUAAAUAUUGCUAGAUUGAUCAUUUUUAUAGCUGGGAAUAUAUAUAUAUAUAUGUAUCACCCAUAUUCAAUAUACAUGUGCAUUUUUUCUGUUUGUCGGUCAUUAUAGUAUAGCCUCAUUAUGUUCAAGAUAUUAAUAAAACACCAAAUGGUA